AUUCACAGAUUUAUUAGCUUGCACACACAGAGAGAAAUUCAUUCAGCAAAGUUCAUUCAUAAAAAUUUCAACACGCUGCGUAUCAUCCUGCACAUUUCAGCCUUCUGUUGCAGAGAGGCUUCUGAAAGCUCUGAGAGGAGUCGGAGAGGGAGGGAAGCUCCGAGCCAGGGUGGGCAGGCUGGGAGGGGAUCUGAGGAACACGGAAGGACCACAAGUCAGAGAAAUAAUGCGGAGGAGCGCCUGUCACUAGUACUGCUGGCUUGAGGCCCAGAUGGGAUGCAAGACAAGAUCUUCCAAGAGAGGGCAGCCAUCAGGAGAAACGAACUCAGACAGAAGGGCCUUUGGCUCAUAUAGACAUUUCCUUUUUUCCUUUUUUAAAUGAACAAUCGCUGGAACAAAUAAAGGGUUAACAGGCCAGACAUUGCCCCGCCCUGUGGGAACCGGAGGGAGCAGGUUUGAAAGUUCCUGUGUGCAGAAGGGAGGAUGGGGGUGGGGGGCGCUAAAUAUUUCUGCAAGGCUCCCGCACCGCCAGCGACGCGGCGGGACCGGCUGGCUGGUUCUCCGCCCGGUUCCGUGCCCAAGAGUAGGAGGUGAGCGAUCCUGGCCGCCGCGAGGCGGGGUCCAAGCUUCCCCAGCAAGGAAUCCCCGGCGAGAACACCGGGUGCUGCCGCUGGGCCACAGACGGGACCGAAAUCAGCUGGGUAGGCGUUUUCCCCUGGGCUGUUACCCUCGAGGACCCGGAGCCGAGGCAGGCGAGCGCGAGAGCGGAGUUGGAGAGGUGGCUGCCGCAAGUUGCACGGGGCAUUGAGGCAUUUGUCUUCCGUUCCGUUUAUCUAGCAGACGGCGAGGCGAUUUAUGCAACAGUAUCCUGUUUCAGCACUGCCAAGGCUAUGCGAGAACGCGGUCAGGACAGCCUGGCAGGACUCGUGCUAUAUGUAGGACUCUUCGGGCACCCCGGGAUGCUGCACAGGGCCAAGUACAGCCGCUUUCGGAAUGAGUCCAUCACGUCCUUGGACGAAGGCAGCCCGGGAAGCUCGACCGGGAGCAAGGGCUCGCCGCAGCCUCCUUACCCCGCCCUGGCACCUCACCUGCCCGCUGAAGAUGCUGCCUUGGCGUCCCAGGAGAGCCCCACCCCACUGUGCACCUUGAUCCCUCGCAUGGCCAGCGUAAAGCUGGCCAACCCAGCCACCUUGCUGAGUCUGAAAAACUUUUGUUUGGGUACCAAAGAGGUACCUCGACUCAAGCUCCAGGAAAGCCAGGACCCGGCUCCCAGCAGCCCGGCUGCCCCUGAAACCAGUCUCAAUAGGGCCGUGCCAGCACCUCCGCCUCAGCGGGACCCCUUGGGGCACAGGGCGACCUCUUUAACUCCUGACGCCUGCCCACUUCCCGGCCCUGGGGAACCAACCCCCCGGAACAGAGAGGACAGACACUUUCUGCAGCACCUGUUGGGGCUGGGCAUGAACUACUAUGUGAGGUACAUGGGCUGUAUUGAAGUGCUGCAAUCAAUGAGGUCACUGGAUUUUGGAAUGAGAACCCAAGUUACAAGGGAAGCAAUAAGUCGCCUGUGUGAAGCUGUCCCUGGGGCAAAUGGAGCCAUUAAAAAGCGAAAGCCUCCAGCUAAGUUCCUAUCAACAGUUCUUGGCAAAAGUAAUCUUCAGUUUUCGGGAAUGAAUAUAAAACUGACCAUCUCAACAUGCAGUCUCACACUGAUGAAUCUUGACAACCAACAGAUUAUUGCAAAUCAUCAUAUGCAGUCUAUUUCUUUUGCUUCUGGAGGGGAUCCGGAUACUACAGACUAUGUUGCCUACGUAGCAAAAGAUCCAGUUAAUCAACGAGCCUGCCACAUACUGGAAUGCCGCAAUGGAAUGGCCCAGGACGUCAUAAGUACCAUAGGACAGGCUUUUGAACUCCGGUUUAAACAGUAUUUGAAAAAUCCUUCUUUGAAUCCUUCUUGUGAAAGCGAGGAGGUGCCUGUUGAUGGCCAUGCUGAGGAGAGAGAAGAUCAUGAGUAUUAUAAUGAAAUCCCGGGGAAGCAGCCGCCUGCAGGUGGUGUUUCAGAUGUGCGGAUCAAAGUUCAAGCCACAGAACAAAUGGCUUACUGCCCCAUACGGUGUGAAAAGCUGUGCUAUUUGCCUGGAAACUCCAAGUGCAGCAGCAUGUAUGAGAACUGUCUGGAACAAAGCAGGGCCAUAGGUAAUGCACACGAGAGAGGGGUGCAGUCCCAGCGAGAGGCGUCAUUGAUGAAGCACUCGUGUCGGGUGGAUCUUUUCGAUGACCCCGGCUACAUCAAUACACAGGUUCUUCGAAGCACGCUUGGCUCUGCUGGAAAUCAAAGCUCACCUCACCCACUGGGAAGCCCAUGGCACCAGGAAAAGGCACCAGAAACUGUUCAGCCAGGUGCCACGGCCCAGCCUGCCAGCUCACAUUCUUUGCCGCACAUUAAGCAGCAGCUGCGGAAUGAAGACUGCUACCACGGCAAGCUGAGCAGGAAAGCGGCAGAGAGCCUUUUGGUGAAGGAUGGGGACUUUUUAGUUCGAGAGAGUGCAACGUCUCCUGGCCAGUAUGUGCUGAGUGGGCUACAGGGAGGCCAGGCAAAACAUCUUCUCCUGGUGGAUCCUGAAGGCAAGGUGAGGACCAAGGAUCAUGUAUUUGAUAAUGUUGGCCACCUUAUCAGAUAUCACAUGGAUAAUAGUUUGCCAAUCAUCUCUUCUGGAAGUGAAGUAAGCCUUAAACAACCAGUGAGAAAAGAUAAUAAUCCAGGACUUUUGCAUUCCAACAAAUGACCGUUUGGAAGUACCAUCACACUGAUGCUUCAGGAAAGUUCAUUUUGUAUUAGGACACAAAGAUAAUUCAAAUUUGGUUUCUAGGUACAUUAGAGCACAAACUGUGAAGUGUAUCUUUCUGAGACCAUCAUGGACUAGGUCCUUUAUAAAACAAAGAGCUAACAAAAAUUGAUCUUCAGAGAGUGAAAAUCAGAAAAGGGGAAGAGGAUGUGUCCAUUUGAAAAGAAAUUAUACAUAUGCACGGAUGUCACUUUGUAAGGCCAUAUUGUGUUGAUAACAAGCUAAAAGCACAAUUAAAAUUUUACAUGCUAAAGACAACUUGAAUGAACUGCUGGGGCAGUGGUACGUGCCUUUCAACUUGAUAAUUUGGGGACAUUUUCAUAUUGGGGAAAUAAGUUCCAAAUGUCUUCAUAUUCUAUAACUAUAGAACCAUUUGCCAAAAGAGUUUUUCCUUGUUAUAAAAAUAAGAAGCAAUUUGCUUAAUAGUCACUGACUUUAUUUUCUAUUUAGCAGCACUUUCACUGCAAUGUUAAAAUAAAUUUGACAUUGAAUUUGGACUGUGUCUAUGCCAGUGGAAUCAAAUGAAAGGCCACUGAAAGCACUGGUCUGUUUCAUUGGCCUGUCCCAUUUGCUAGUUAAAUGGUUGGAGCCCAGCUUCUUUGGCCUAGUAUUUCUCAAUCUUUGCUAUUUGGACUGUUUGCAUGUAACAUAUGACAAGCUAAAGAAGCCAAAUGUAUCAGUCAUUUCUGGUUUCAUUGCAUUUCUCCCUCCUUCCCCCUGCCCCUCACUCCCCCGACUUCCAAAAAGAGCUCAUGAGUGCAUGGAUUUAAAAAACUGACAAACCAGUUCUUCAUGGUCAGUCUCCAUAUUGGUUUUAUUCUUAUUUAAAGUGCUAAAUUUAUUUUAAAGUAUGGGGAAAUAUCACCUUGAUUGGCGGUGACUGACUCAUAGUCCCUCAUCUACAUGUAUCCUUAGCACCUUUUCUAGAUAUGACCAGACAAAAUGUACCAGGGAGAAAACACUGAAUGAAAAAGUUGAAAGGUUUGCCACAUGUUGGCACGCUUGGUAAACUGAUGAGGUAAUGAACCGUUGUGUAGGUUAAAGCACUGGACUUGGUCUCAGUAUGACCUUGAGCAAAUUGCUGAAUCUGUCUGGACUCCAGAUUCCUUGUCUAUAAAAUGAGGGAGCUGGACUAGGUAAAUUCAGAGGUCCAUUUUAGCUCUAACAUAAUAUGAGUUUAUAAAAAGCAAAUUUUCCCUUUAUUGGGGGUUAAUGUUGAUAACCAGUCUGUAUAAUUAAUCUGGAAACCAGUUUUUUCCUUUAGUCUGUGUCUGUACUCACUGAGUUCGUCAUUCAGAUAGCAGAGAUCUGCAGCCUUUCAGUUAAAAACAUUGGAACUUUGGAAAAAUGUAAGUAUUGGUGGUAGAAGUAGAUUUGGUUAUUUUGAGUAGCAGAAAACAGCUUUGCAUAUAGAGAUAUGGCCAUUACUUUAGAAUUUUUUUUAUCAUGAGUUAUCUAGACAAUUGCCUUAAUUCCACUUCACUUUGGCUAUGUAGAUAAAUCUUUGCAAUUGUGAAAUAUUUGCUAAAUUUUAAAUAAAAUAUGAGAAACUUCUUUUGGAUAGAAAUCAUCAGAAAUCAAGCACACUGAACUCUAAUUAUGUGAAGGUUUAUGCUUUUAUUUUACUUACACUGUCAUUGGCUUCUUCAAUAUGUCGUUUUCUUUUCUACAACUAGAAAAUAAUGUAUUUUUCCUCAAUUUUGCAUACAUCAUAAUUCUUGAUUUUUUGUCCUCGUAAAGGGGAUCAGCAUGGGUAUAAAUCAGCGAAAUUUAUGGGUGAUCUAAUUACCUUAACAGGGUUGUGGUCUCAUUCUGGUUGAGCAGAGUGAUAACUUGGUUGGGUGGCAGGAAAGAGUUCUUGAUGCUAUUAGAUGCAAAGAGUAUGACUGAUGGGAGCAGUACACAUAUCUGAUCAGUAUUUGACUGUAAUGGUAUAAAUAGUUAAAUGGGCAAAUACCGCGCUUACAGCAACAGGCACAGUUAAAAGAAAAUGAAACAACAAAAGAAGUUUGAUUGCAUGCUAUUUUAAUGUCACAUUCUUAUCUUCAUCUGUCUUAAAGCAGAAAUCCAUUUGCGUAUAAAUAUCUGUAAACAACUUUUCAAAAAAAUAAAUGAUUAUUGAUUUAUGACAA